UGUCCCAGUAUUUUGGAUCAAUUUCUAAUUCGUGCAAGUGUGGCGGCCUCUUGGUCCAGUGCUUUCGACAAAUUUAAUUCCCUGUAACUUUCGUUUUUGUGCAUUUUUACUUCGUCCUGAUGCAUUUGGCUAGUUUCACUUCCUGUUGACGUGACAGCCACUCAUCCCAAUACUUUUGUUCAGUUAAAACACUUUUUGGACAUUUCUACUCCCUGCUCCAAUAUUUUGUUCAUUUCCACUUCCUGUCUCAAUAUUUCGGUCCAUUUUCACCUGCAGUCGUGAUGGCCACCAAGACAAAUCCCCAUUUUCACUUUUUGCCCCAAUAAUUUUUGACCAUUCUUUCUUGCUAUCCCAAUAUUAUUUCGUCACCGUGUGGAAUUUAAGCUCAUCUCCAGCUGCCGUUUACAAACCACAGACAAAUGUAACCGGUGGUCAUUUCUCGGAUACGUGGCAUCACUUCAAAUAUGUAUCAGCAUACUAUUGAAUUUGGAGUGAUGUUACAAAAUGCAUGGGAGCAGAUAACCGUAAGUACGCCAUCUGGUGGCCGACAGGUAGACCCGCAGUUAAAUCAACGCCUCAUUAGCGAAUAAUUGUGACAAGACGUGCGUUGUGAUGUUUGGCUUGCAAUUAACAGCCACGUCGCAGCGCAUUUAGUAAACAUUAAGCUAAAUUAACAUUUGACAUACAUUUGUCCUAAAUGUUACGCUUUUGUCAAUCAAAUCAAAUAAAUCAAAACAGGUUCUACCUGGUGUGAAUCGCCUCUCCUGCUUCUCCCUCGCUGAUUGGCUGCCACGCCCGUCAACCUGACCUGAUCAUGCAUCAUCAAUCAAGUAACCAAUCAUUCAAUCCUCCUCGCGGCUGGUCUCGUAGAGUCCUGCGAAGACGGCUUAAUUGCUCUUUAGCGCUUCGGUGAAGACAUGGAGGAUGGCUUAAGCGAUGCAUGUGGCUGUCAGAGUCUCUUCUGUGAGGAGUUGGGAAUUGAAGACAGUCAGGAGGGUGAAACGGGGGAAGCAGAGGAGGUAAAUGAUGAUGAAGAUGGAGAGAAGGAAGAUGAAGCAAGUCAGGGAGCACCACAGGAAGAGGAGGAUACCAAAAAAGUAAAUAAAGCAGACCAUGGAGGUUUCGAGCAGAAGAAUAGAAAAAGGACUCAAACCGAGAAGGCCACCGAACACCCAGAGAACAUAAAAGAAGAGAAAGAUGGCGUCAAGGACAAACCCGAAGCGGUGCUGAUGAGCCGCGAGGUGAAUUCGGCUCUGACGGAGCCCACCGUUGGACUCAUAAGCAACCACGACCUGUCCGAGCCUGUCUACCAUGGCUGCGAUGGUUCAGAUCUUGACGGGCCCCCUGCUCCUGAACCCAUGGUGCAAUUGUCUCGGAACCCCAGCCCUGAUCAACUUCCCCCAACCAAGAGGUCGCCCGGCCACUCUUCACCCGGCCGCUUUUCACCACAGUCCCAACAAGCCCUGGAACCACCAGAGGCGAUAGCUCAGGUGUACUCCAUCCGAGGUCACCCAGAGAGCUGCCCGGUGGCACGUAAGAAGAAGACGAGGACAUUUUAUAGCACCGAUAUGUUGGAGCACUUGGAGGCCUUGUUCCAGCGGGACCAUUACCCUGAUGGAGACAAGAGGAAAGUUAUCGCUGCAUCAGUUGGCUUGUCACCCCAGAGGAUUAUGGUGUGGUUUCAGAAUCGCCGAGCCAAGUGGCGCAAAGCGGAGGGCAUGGUUUCGUCUAAAUGCGCAAAGCAACAGAAAAAGGUCAAGUGGAACCUUACUUACCCCCAGGCCCAUCUCGCGUUGCCCAACAUGCCCGCCGCUGCCGGCAGUAAUGUGGGACCUGUGUUCUCUGGACACGUCGGCGCCAUACCGCCGCUUGAGCCCGUGCCACCUUUCUCGACAAUGUCCACACGCAGCCUGCCCUCCUGCAGCCAAAUGCUGCCGACCAGUCCAGGUCAAUCCAGAGUGAGCGAGCAGCCCAAUUUCCAGCCGCCCCCCCUGUUCAGCCCUCCCCCCCUGAGGCGAGCCAGCCUCCCCCUCCUCUCCUACAACCUCAACACACCGAUGCCGACGCCGACACAGCCUCUCUUCAUGGACGACCGCGACAGCCACCCUGUGCAAACGGAUGGCAGCUCUCAGUUGGACUUUGGCGAGGAGCUGGACUAUCUCGCGCCGGGCCAUGAGAGCAACCCUCAGCUGUCCUUCCAGCAGCAGACUUUGUACCCGCCUGGACAGUCGCAGCUGCUUCCGACCUCCAUGUCCUUGCCCCCCCACAUGCCCUUCCCCAACCCCUCCUCCUACCUUCUCCCCAACCUGGACACCAUCUCCACUUCCUACUAUCCCUUUGCCCAUGCGGAUGACUCCACCGCGGGCCACAACUAUGUGCAGUCGCAGGGCGGGGGCCCGAUUCUGCUGCAGCCCCCCAACGACGGUGUCAUGGCGUCCUACCAGUCGUACCCUUGGCCGAACAUGUACGCCCAGCCUAGCGUUGGUCAGCUCGCUCCCAAUUACACCGCCGGAUUCGCCAACGCUCAGGACCUCCAGAUCUCGUCGACCUCGGGUAACAUGCCCCAGUGCUUCCCACCCGCACACCGGGACGGCAGCCCCAUCGUCCUCCCGCCCGUGUCCACCCUCCAACCAUCCCUCCUCAAGGACGAGAGCGGGAUGGGGGCCGAGGGGGUGGCGGCGGCGCCUCUGCUCCCCUCGCAGGCCAGCCCCGGCUCCCCUCGCGGCAUUGCGUCACCAUCUUCUGACAAGGUUGAGAAUGACAGCCCACGAGCGAUUGACAGCCAAUUGCAGUGUGACUUCUCUCCCAUUCAGUCUUGAAAACGCGUGUUGGUGUGUUCUAUAUAAUCAGUAGCUCUAAUGUAUCCAUAUGUACAGUAUAUAAUUGUGUGUCGUUGAGCUGCCUUCCGUAAGGGUGCAAUAAAUGCGAGUUGUUCGCUUUAGAUUCGUUUCAAUCAAGCCUGGGAUUGAUGGGUCGGGCCUUCAGUGGGAAUUUACCUGAAGCGUCACAAAGGCUCGCAUAUAUUUUCUCAUGGGAUAUUUCGAAUCCAUUUAACACGAAUCCUGCGAUUGGCUGGCAACCGGUUCAGGGUGUCCCGCGCCUACAGCCUGAAGACAGCUGAGAUAGGCUCCAGCACCCCCCGUGACCCUUGUAAGGAUAAAGCGGUUCGGAAAAAUGGAUGGAUGGACGCGACUCUCGAUUUAAAAACUAAAAUGGGUCCUCCUGCAGAAGUCCGCCGGUAGAGGGUGCUAUUUCUUUACAUUUUGGACCGCUUGGCGGUCGUGGAACUGGCAAACCUUCGUGGUCCACAUUUUCUUUGAUAAUAUUUAAACAGAAAAGGAAGAGGUAAAUAUUAAUUUUCUAAUAUCGCAACAGUACUUCUGUAGUCAUAAUUAAUGGAAUUACGAUCAGUUCUUUAAUCAAAUAAGUUGAUAUCCAUCACGGUUAGGGGUGUGAUGAUGAAAUUUCUUUCCCCUCAACCUCUCAAUUUGUUUGUGUGUGUAUAUAUAGUCCCACAUACAUUGUGACAUAACAGCAAAAAUGGCAAAUUAUAAAGAAUUUCACCAAAUAUUUUCACAAGUGGGUAAACGACAGAACCUUCUGGGAUGCCACUCGUAUUAAACCUGACAGAUUUUAGUUAGAUACUACAAGUACAAAUCAGAUAUAGAGAUAUAGACGUAUCAUGACAAAAUGUCUAUUUAGAUAUGUAAAACAAUUUUAUCUAUGUUUAAAAAAAAACAUUGCAUUUCUGUGGCUUUGGAGGCAGUCAACUUCGGUGCCGGACUUUGAAUGAAGCGCCCUCUUUUCCAUUUUUUUGAUUUCCCGCCUGCCUUGUUGAUGUUGGCGGCAGACACACUUCACUGUGUAUGUGAGUGAGUGAGUGAGUGAGUGAGAGAGAGACUAAGAAUGAUUGUGUGAAAUUAUGAGUGUGUGUGAGUGUAUCCCGACUUGAGUGUGUGUGAGAAUGCCAGUGAUAGAAUGUCAUCCAUCUAUCCAUUUUCCGAUCCGCUUAUCCUCACAAGGGGUGCUGGAGCCUUUCCCAGUUGUCUUUGGGCAGUAGUCGGGGGACACCCUGAACCGGUCACCAGCCAAUCACAGGGCACACAGAGACGAACAACCAUCCGCGCUCACACUCACACCUACGGACAAUUUGGAGUGUUCAAUCGG